CACUUUGUAUCUGCAUCACUCUCGCCCGGCACAUCUCGUGGACUAAGUCUUCCAUAUCUCUGGGAGGGAAAUAUCGGCACUGGAACUCCCGGCCUCCAGGCGGAGUUCUUACUAUAGCAGUCCAAGUGGCACCCUCGGAGUACAUCUUAGCGGAUUUACACGGGGAGUACGUUCCUCCCCAUGAAACUCUGAAUUUGUUCUGAUGGAGCGGUUUGGCUGUAUUCAUCUGAUUCAAUCUUGCAGCAGUCUCUCAGUCUUCAACAAAACUAUCCGACCAUUUCUCCCACAUUCGACUUGUUUGUCUCAAGAUAUCUUUCUCUCCAACACACUCAUCCAAAUGUAUGCGCGGCUUGGAAGCGUCACAGACGCUCGCAGUGUGUUUGAAAGCAUCUUCCCAUCCAGCAGAAGGAACUCACACACUUGGGUGUUUAUGAUCACUGCCUAUGCUCAUAGCGGCCAUGUCCGUGAGGCACUGGAGCUUUUACUCGCGAUGCCAUGUAGAAACCAGGUCGCUUGGAACGUAGUUCUUGCGGCUCUUUGCAGCGGGGAAGAUCUUCACUAUGCCAAGAAAUUCUUUGAUCAAAUGCAGAGGGAUCACGUCUCGUCAACAACAAUGCUCGCAGCAUAUGCCCAUAGAGGGUAUCUGGUCCAUGCUCAAGAGCUAUUUGACUCCAUGGUUGAACACAGCCUUGUAUCCUCAACGACAAUGCUUACGGCUUAUCAAAACAGCUCUCAACUCGAUGGAGCAAAAUGUGUUUUUGAUUCGAUGCCAGUUUUGGAUCUAGUGUCCGCAACUGCUAUGAUAAAUGCGCUUGCCAAGAACGGGCAUCUUGAUCAAGCACUGGACAUUUUUAAUCAGCUCCCGGAACGGAACCUCGUCUGCUGGAACGCAUUCCUCUCGGGAUGCAUAACGAAUGGCUGCUUCGAACGCGCAGAGCGAAGUUUUUACCACGAGAUGCCGCAGAGAGAUCUAGCGUCCUGGAACACAAUGCUAACUGGAGCUGACGAGGAGAGAGCCCAAGAACAGGAACACAUUUUUUCCGGGUUCCCGGAAUACAAUAUGCUGUCAUUCAACACCAUUCUCGCAAACGCAGCUCGCCACCAAAGAGAAUCUAUCGAAGCAAUUGAGUUAAGCUUCCACAGCAUGGUCGCACGGGAUCUCGUUUCCUACAACAUUUUGCUCUCUGCCUGUUCUUUGCAAGUAGAAAGGGCGAGGGCCGUCUAUAUAAGAAUGCCUGAGCACGAUCUUGUCUCCGACAACACAAUGCUAUCAGCAUAUGCCUUGACGAGGGAUGUGCGACAAGCUCAAGACCUGUUUUUUUCAAUGCCACAGAUCAAUCAAAUAUCAAAAUUCAUAAUGAUAGAUCUGUAUUCAAUAACCCAAUACUUGGACGAGGCAUGCUGUUUACUCUUUGACAACUUCAUGUGUGAUCACGGAAUGGCAACCGUUAUCCUUACCGCUUAUGCCAAUCUCGGGCAUAUUGACUCAAUGAUGCAGUUUCACAAAAGGCUUCCAGCCGUAAGCUUAGCAACAGAAAUUGUUCUUAUCCAUGCGUACGCACAAUGUGGCUACACAGAGAAAGCAGAAGAUAUCUAUUUUGUGUUGCCUUAUUCCAAUACGGUCUCAAGGAAUGCUAUGCUAGCAGCAUAUGCCGUUAAUGGGCGUCUUGUAAGAGCCCAGACUUUUCUUGCACAAAUGCCCGAAACAGAUCUCUUGUCGUGGUCCACGCUGCUGGACGCAUAUGCUCGGCACGGGAAGUCGAUCCAGUGCCUAGAACUUUUUGACUCCAUGAAGAUGAUGGAUCACGCUCCGGACGAGGCCUGCUUCGCGUCGGUGCUAGCGGCUUGCAGCCGCGCCGGGAAGCUGCAAGCUGGGAGGAGGGCGUUCGUGUCUUUGGCACAGGAUUACCACUUGCAGCCCGGAAAGAAGCAUUACACUUGCAUGGUGGAUCUCUUGUCUCGCUCCAACCAUGUUGAUCACGCUCACGAGCUUAUCCUCAGCAUGCCUUUUGCUCCCGACACAAUAGAUUGGAGAUGCUUGCACUUACCUUUGUCGGCCCCGGCAUUUGCAACUUAGCAGUGUCCAGAUUCUCUGUAAAAAACGUUGGCAAAGGCAUUUGGAAUGUGUUCUAAAAGUGUAGAUGCCA